UUUAGCCUCCUUUUGUUUGACUGACAAGCGGAGCUAUUCACAUAUGCCAAAACACAGAAAUUAUUGCUUUUAUUUGAGGCCGACCCCUUGAACUCGGCAUAGACGGCAAAGGAAUGCGUCUGAAGCCGCUCGGGUCCCUCUCUUUGGAAAGUUUGAUCUAACACCUCUUUCUUCGAAAUGGACGCCAAGAUCGUUUGAAUCAUAAAAGAUGUAAAUGUUAUGGACCAGUGGAAACACAGUGGUUUUGUAGUAGGGUUUCUUCCUGAGUAGCCUGUUUAGAUAUAAAAACACGCAAGUUCACGAUGGUUCAAACGGAAAAAUAGAAGGCAUUUAGCGAUGAUGAUCAAGCACAGCCACUUAUCGACAGCUGGGACAUUCCAUGUGUUUAUAUACUUGCUGCAUUGCACAAUACAAAUUACGGCCGUGUCGAUAUGUGAUAUCGACUCUAUAAGCGGGGUCAGAGAAGGCGAGGUCACGUCUCCAGGGUACCCGCUAGACUAUGGUAAUUACAGGAACUGUACGAUGGUAAUAGACGGCGGGCCGUAUACUAAGAUAGAAUUCACAUUCCUGGAUAUGGCGGUGGAAGAGUACGAAGAUGACCCAGGCUCCUGCCGCUCAGACAGACUAGAAAUCGAUUCGAGUGCAAGGUUUUGUGGGUACUAUCUUCCCACCAAGUACACGUCACGUGAUAGCAGGGUUAGACUCGUCUUUGUUAGCGACCGCUACAACAUCUUCGACGAGCGUGGAUUUGCGCUCAGGUUUCGCGUCAUAAGAGCCCUAGGUGAGGGUAUUUGUCCGUCUAGGGUGAUCAAAAACCGGUUGUCGGGCUCCCUGUACUCGCCCCAGUUCCCUAGAGACUACUCGGACGGCAGGGGGUGCAGGGUGACCGUGAGGGUGCCGGAUAAUUACAUGAUGCACGUGUGGUUCACAAGUUUUCAUCUAGAGAAAUCCCCAACGUGCGAAUAUGAUUGGCUAACGGUCAAAGAUGAGCAUGGAGGCUGGAAGAUGUGCGGGGGCGGAGUAAACAAAAUCCCUCGACCAAUGAGAUUGACUGGUCGAACUGUCAAUCUUGCGUUCAAAUCGAACCAAAGAAAGACCGAGAAAGGAUUUCAUAUGCACUUCAAUAUUAGCAGAUUAAGUGAAGGUUCGUGUGUUUGUACACGUGGUCUUGGGCGUGUGAUGGUCAAACACUUCAAGUCCAAGAUUAUGCGCGCGCAGAAUACGGUCGAGUUUAGCUUUCGGACAGGAAAAGCGUUCGGACUGAUUAUGUUCUCCCAGGGACGACUUAGGGAUCAUAUCUACAUUGGACUGCGGUAUGGACAAGUGUUUUACCAGACAGAUCUCGGUACAGGGCGUGGUCUGAUAAUAUCCCGCGGCCCCCGUCUCCAUGACAACAAGUGGCAUAAUGUGCUCAUUUCCCGGACAGAUCGGACAAUAGCGCUUUCUGUGGACGGUCGGUUAGAAGGAUCUUCUUCGACUCGAGGGAGCUUCACCAGACUCGACAUUCCAGACGCUGUCGGGUUGUUCCUCGGUGCUCCGAGCACUAUCUCGGGAAUCGUCGGAAACUUCCGAGGCUGCAUUCGGGACCUUCGCAUCGAUGGACGCGAGCCAAUCACAAACGCGUUUGCACAGAAGCCAGACUAUGACGUCAUAAGAAGAAUAGGGUUCUUCGCGUGCAAAAGUUAAACACAGAUAUAAAAGAAUAAAUAUAGUAUGCCCUGAAGAAGUCUUAUUAAAGACGAAAAUUUGGCAGAGUCAAAUGCCAGUUUUUGGUGUGUACUUACUUAGAAAGGAAAAAUUAUUUUCUUGCACCUUUUUUUCUAGUGCUUGCUUUGCUUUACAUACCCAAACCAGAGCUUUUUAUCUAUUUUUCCAUUUGUUUAAAGAAUAUAAGGAACAAUAAGGUGCAUAUGUUUUUUUUCAUUUACCGAAUAUUCUUAAUGCUUUUCUUUUUUGUAAUAUGCGAAAACUUCAAUAAAACCUAUUAACCAAGGCA